ACUUGUGAUGAUAGAUGCUAUCCAAACUUUACAUUGUGCAUUUUUGGAUUUUUGUAAGACUUAUAAUUUCGUAAGAAGCACAACCAGGGGCAAUAAUCGUAAUCGGACCUCUGCAAACCGUACAAUAUUUAUGAUUUCGUAUAUGGCCUUUGUUCUAUCGUGAGCUCUGAUUGGCUGAUAAUUCGACCUUAUUCUCACUCCGUUACGUCCGCAUAAACGUGGAUCACAACACUGGCGCCGAAUCCUUGUCGUAGUUUUUUGCAUUUUUCUUGAAUAUAUAUUUCCUUGUAUAAGCUUAUUAGGAAUUUUAGAAUGAAUAUGAAGAUUUGGCCUUGAAAAACCUGACAAAAGGACCUGUUGCUUUAUAAGAUGGCCGGAGACGAAACUUCACAAGUCAAAUCUGCUACCUUUCGCCCCUAGAAUUAUUUACCUAUUUUUUAUCGUGCUUCCCUGUGUGCCAACCGUCCUAGAAUAAAAUGCGUGUUCGCCUGGAUCCAGUGGUUCACACUAACACAGAUUCAAACGUUUGAAAAUGCUGAAAGUUCGACUGCGUUUUCAAAAGUAUCUGGAUUCACUGGAUCCAGCAUGCGUGUUAGUGUGGACGGGAAAGUAUACGGAUCCCAACGAAUCCAUUAUCAAGAGAAGGGAAGCCAGAAUAACCUGGCUGGAGAUGAGGAGAAGAUUUGGGAUGAGUCACCGCCGCCACCAUAUGAGGCUGACUUGUUCGGACAGAUCAAGGAGGCUAAGGAAACGUCUGACGGUUCACUGGACUUCUGUAAACGUGUUGUGCAGCUAUUUGCAGGAACAAUCGGGUGCACAGUAGCCCUAAGCUUACUUAUGGCUUUACCCAUGGCUAUGGUCAUCAUGGGCGCCAAGUAUAAGGACGAGUGCCCUGUAGAGCCAUUCAUCCCCAUCUACCUGAUAGUGGGGGGCUCGUUUGGCAUGCUAAAGACAAUUAUUGUGCUAUGUCAGCGGGCGCGUAGUCAUGACGACGACCUUGACAUGGACGAGGACCAAUCAAUGUCCAGCAAAUUCAUCGACGGCGUUUUAAAUCUGUUCUUGUUCACGUGGUUUAUAGCUGGGAACAUUUGGGUGUACAGUAAAUACAAGCCUAACCCGAUACCUCCGGUGACAGACCCUUUGAACUACUGUAACCCUACGCUCUACAUGUUCGCGUUUUGGGUCAUCACUGCGAGUUAUAUUCUGAUGGGAUCCAUAUGUUUCUGUAUCUGCUGUUUGGGGGUGUGCGCUAGUUGUACUGCCUUUUUCGUGACAGUCAAGGACUAGAUAGAAAUACAAAUAUUUUCAAAGAAAUCCGAGAGAAUUUGUUCCAGUUUGGUAUAUUACUGAAGUGAACCGCUGACCGGUGCUUGGGGUGCUAUUAACCUUUAACCACUGACCAUCAAAUAGCGCUUAAUGCCUGCUCGAAGUUAGUGGACGUAUGAGAGUGCGUUUUUUUCUCAAAAUAAUAGCCUCUCAUUAAGGCUGCACGUUUUGUUAAGUUUAGGAUACAAACUCAGUCUGCCAUCCGCAAGCAGGCAUAAUAUUCGAGGGUGGGGCGGAUGAUUCAGCCUGUGCAGAAAAUCCUUUUAAAAUCCAUGGCUUAAAAGUCGUCUUGCUCGACAUAAGGUGUGCCACGAUUGAUGACAAAAACGUUUUUUGCACAGACAAGAAACUCCUUCCUCAAGGAUCAAAUGGUCUCCGUGUCACUGUCAGUAAAACAGACAAAUAGAAUCAAAAGGGAAAGUAUUUUAUUACCAUACGAUAGGAAAAAAUAUAGGUAUUUUCUGAAACUAUAUCCGUAGUGAGAAUAUAUUUGCAUCUGAAUAAAAUUUGUGAAGAAAAGGGAA